UCCCAAACCGGUGGCCGGCUGUGCUGUCAGAGCUGCCCGUGGGGAUUGGAUUUACACUGGGGCUGGAGCUCUCCAGCUUUAGGGGCCCGAAACUUUCAUGGGACCCGGAGCCGUGGCCGGGUAUUAUCCGAAAUUUUGCAACAAUUGUUCCCCGCCGACCAUGCCACAAUGCUGAUAAUUCCUCUGCUGGUAUUGGCGAGCCUGUUGGAUCCCGUUUGGCCCCGGGCCCGUUGCUCGCUGAGCCAGGCUUGCGACCCCCGGCUGCGGAGGGAUGCCGGGGGUCGCGGAGGAGUGUAUGAGCACCUCGGUGGAGCACCUCGGCGCAGAAAAUUGUACUGCGCAACUAAAUAUCAUUUACAGAUCCAUCCUAAUGGGAAAAUAGAUGGAUCACUGGAGGAAAACAACCCGUUCAGCAUCAUGGAAAUCACAGCAGUGGACGUGGGUGUCGUGGCCAUAAAAGGGCUUUUCUCCGGCAAAUAUCUAGCCAUGAACGAAAAGGGAAGGCUGUACGCCUCGGAGCUUUUCAACAAAGAGUGCGAAUUUGUGGAGCGUAUCCAUGAGUUAGGGUAUAACACCUAUGCAUCACGACAACACUUCACAGAGCAACCUUUGCCACCGGGAACAGGCAGCAUCAGCAAGCGUCGAGCCACCAUCAGGAGGCAGUGGUACAUUUCCAUCAAUGGCAAAGGGCGGCCGCGGCGAGGCUUUAAAACCCGGAGCACUGAUAAAGCCUCACUCUUUUUGCCUCGGGUGCUGGGCAACAAGGACCAUGAGAUGGUGAGGAAACUGAGGGACACGCAAGGUGCACAGCACGUGCAUCAGCAGGGGUGGCGUGGUGAACGCCGUAGACGCCGGCAUCGUGGUAGAAAAAGUCGAGGUCGACAGACUGAUGACACAGCUGACAUUUAGAGUUUGGAUUUAAUCUCCCACUGCUAUGACUUAUCUACAUGGAUCCUUGAUCUUGGCACAUACUGCGGCUUGACUGCAAUGGAGGAUGUGGGAAUAUGGCUUUGAUCAUAAAUUCUGGAUUGAUGGAAGAUUUUGUUGGUGUACAGAGAUAGACAGAGAUUCAAUCCACUAAGGAAGAGAAACUUCAUGAAGGGAAACAUAAGGAAGGGAAGGCCACCAAAGUGUUUUUGGUAUUUACGCCUUUAUAAAACCUGCCACCUUUUGGAGACUUUAGACAAAAAACUCUACAGCUGUAUAAUCCUCUGUUAACUGACGUCCAAUUUCUUACAAAUGCAACUGUCGUGUAAACAAUGGUAUUAAGAUUGCUGUAAUGUCCAUCACACUUUAUAUGCAUUUUCCAUCAACUACCCACAGAGCAAUUAUUUAGUUGGCCUGCACAGCAGCAUCAAAGCUUUACGUCUGUCAGCAUUAAAGUAAUAUUUUGCUAUUGUUGAGUGCUAUUAAUCAUUUUUGAUGCUGAAGAGACGGCUGUACAUGAAAAGACACUUUUUGUCGGUUCACAUUAAGAAGCAUACGGACAUCAGAGUGAGACAGGAGUAUCUGCAAUGUUCUUAUAAUGUGAUAGUCCACUGUGUGUAAACUGAAAUAAGUACUUUGUAUAUUUCACUAAUGAUAUGAAUAUUUAUUUGCUGUCUGAGUUGUAAGUUAUUAAUAAGACAAUUUCUGCAUUUUUCCGGUGUGGAUGUUGUUUCAGUUUUUCCUUCUGCCUGGUUCCAACAUAAAUAACUUAAUGGUACUUGGUUCCAACAUAAAUAACUUAAUGGUACUUGCCCAAAAAAGAAAAAAGAAACACUGGGUGUUUUAUUUCAACUUCUCUGUCCUCUUACACAUACUUGUCUUCAUAAUGAAUGAAUCUUUUUUCUUUAAAAGCAGAACGAAUGCAACUGUUUACACAAUUUUUGUGCGUGUGUGUGUGUGUGUGUGUGUCUGUAUGUGGUCUUCCUCAAGUAUUUUAAAUGUUUGUCGAGAGCACUGGUUCUGAUUUAUACUUAUGUUGAAUUGAUAAGUCAUUCAUAGUUUAUUGUGGUUUUGGUGAAAGGCAGAGUUUCUACUAGUGCUUUUACAUCUUUCUUAAGCUUUAAAGUUGAUGAAACGUAUACACAUUCAGAAAGCAAAAGUUUGUUGAUCUGUUAGAAUUAUCAUUCACAAUGUUAAUGCAUUUUUAACUGCAUAUGAAAACCAAUUAAUAGCUGUAGUGCUAAAUAAUCAAUUUUGUCUAAUGGACAAAUCUGUUGCUGUUAUGGGGCAUAAUGAGGAUGACACCCAACUUUCUUUCAGUUUCUUCAUUCAAACAUCCAGCUCCUCCAACAGCCAAUCUGUCGCUGUAGGACAGCUCAGCACAAACUGUAGGGAUGGUCAUCAGUGUGAAAUCCACCACAACCAGGAGCACAACGCAUUUGGAAGUUCAGGUUUUACCCUGCCUCUUUCCCAUCUAUAGGUAGCAGCAUAUAAAGCCUUGUCAUCCUAUACCUGCAGGCAGGGGAGGCUUCCUGGCCAGAACAAAAGUUCCUCCCAAGGGGGGCCUGGGAAGCGAUGCCGUCUGAGACUAAGGCAGUUUUUUGAAAAGCCGACCAAAAGCUGCAGUUGAUAAACAAGGCUGGCCCUCCUGAAAGCAGAAACGGUAUCAUACAAAGUGUUACACCUUGCUGCACCUUGUUAUGAAUGCCACACUCUAGUAUUACUCAGCAGGAAUGCAGUAUUUGAGAGAGGUUAGGGCCUUUUGUGGCCUCUGUCCGAAAGCCAUCUGUUU